CACACCAUGAAUAGAUACACAACGAUCAAGCAGCUUGGGGAUGGAACCUACGGUUCCGUCCUGCUGGGGAGAAGCAUCGAGUCUGGGGAACUGAUUGCUAUUAAAAAAAUGAAAAGAAAGUUUUAUUCCUGGGAGGAAUGCAUGAACCUUCGGGAGGUUAAGUCUUUAAAGAAGCUCAACCAUGCCAAUGUCGUAAAAUUGAAAGAAGUUAUCAGGGAAAAUGAUCAUCUUUAUUUUAUCUUCGAAUACAUGAAGGAAAACCUUUACCAGCUCAUUAAAGAAAGAAAUAAGUUGUUCCCCGAGUCUGCUAUAAGGAAUAUCAUGUACCAGAUAUUGCAAGGACUCGCGUUUAUUCACAAACACGGCUUCUUCCAUCGAGACUUAAAACCCGAGAACCUCCUCUGCAUGGGACCUGAACUUGUGAAAAUUGCAGACUUUGGAUUGGCCCGAGAAAUCCGAUCAAGACCUCCAUACACAGACUAUGUGUCUACCAGAUGGUACAGGGCUCCAGAAGUACUCCUGAGGUCUACCAAUUACAGCUCCCCCAUUGACAUCUGGGCUGUGGGCUGCAUCAUGGCAGAAGUGUACACUCUGAGGCCACUCUUCCCUGGGGCCAGUGAAAUUGACACCAUAUUCAAAAUUUGCCAAGUGUUGGGGACUCCAAAAAAGACCGACUGGCCUGAGGGCUACCAACUUUCAAGUGCUAUGAACUUCCGCUGGCCCCAGUGUGUACCCAAUAAUUUAAAGACCCUGAUUCCAAAUGCUGGCAGUGAAGCAAUUCAGCUCAUGAGAGACAUGCUUCAGUGGGAUCCCAAGAAACGGCCAACAGCUAGUCAGGCCCUUAGAUAUCCUUACUUUCAGAUCGGGCACCCACUGGGCAGCACCACCCAGAACCUCCAAAAUUCAGGAAAACCACAGAAAGACGUUCUGGAAAAGGCAGGCCCACCUCCUCACAUUAAACCUGUCCCUCCUGCCCAACCCCCAAUCAAGCCACACACGCGGAUUUCUUCACGACAACAUCAAGGCAGCCAGCCCCCUCCACAUCUCGUGUACCCCUACAAAGCAGAGGCCUCCAGGGCCGAUCACCUGAGCCAUCUCCAGGAGGACAAGCCAAGCCCGCUACUUUUCCCAUCCCUCCACAACAAGAACCCUCAGUCGAAUAUCCUAGCUGAUCCGGAGCACAAAAAUGGUGAGAUCAAGCCAAAGAGUAGGAGAAGGUGGGGUCUUGUUUCCAGGUCAACAAAGGAUUCGGAUGAUUGGGCUGACUUGGAUGUCUUAGAUUUCAGUCCAGCCCUCACCAGGAUUGACCUGAAGAACAAGAAAAGACAGAGUGACGAAACUCUCUGCAGAUUUGAGAGUGUUUUGGACCUGAAGCCCUCUGAGCACAUGGGUACAGGAAAUAGUGCCCCCACCCAGACUUCCUCUCAGAGGCGAGACACGCCCACCUUGAGAUCUGCAGCCAAGCAGCAUUACUUGAAGCACUCACGAUAUUUGCCUGGAAUAAAUAUAAGAAAUGGCAUACUUCCAAAUCCAGGCAAGGAUUUUAUUCCAUCUAAUCCGUGGUCUAGUUCUGGUUUGUCUGGAAAAUCUUCAGGGACAGUAUCAGUAAUCAGCAAAAUAAAUUCAGUUGGUUCCAGCUCUACAAGUUCUAGUGGACUGACUGGAAACUACAUCCCUUCCUUUCUGAAAAAAGAAAUCGGCUCUGCUAUGCAAAGGGUUCACUUGGCACCUAUUCCAGAUCCUUCCCCUGGUUAUUCGUCUCUGAAGACUGUGAGACCUCAUCCUGGGCGGCCCUUUUUCCACACUCAACCUCGAAGUACUCCUGGGCUGAUGCCCCGGCCCCCGGCUGCCCAGCCGGUGCACGGCCGGACGGACUGGGCCUCCAAGUACGCGUCUCGGCGGUGACUGUCGAGAGGCCCCUUGUAGGGAAAGCAGGACACUUUCCCUUGACUCUCUGUGGUAUUCUACCUGCAAGAAACGUGCAGACGAUGGAAAACGAACACUUUAUAGUUAUUUUCUGAACGGAGACAUUUCAAUCUUUUUUUUUUUUCUUUAAGUUAUUAUUUUUUUUAAAUAUUGAUUUGAAGGCAAUACCCUUUUUUUGUACAAAGUUAUUCUAAAACUGGGUCCUGUUAUUUUCUUAAACAGCAGCAUUUUGUAUAUAUGGAUUAUGUUGGGAUUUUAUACAGUCAACUUUGUAAUGAAUUUUUUAAAGGUUAAUUGAUUUUCCUUUGGGGUUCCAGAUAAUAUUUUAUACAGAUUUUUAAAAAUGUGAUGAAAUUGAUGCAGUAUUGCAAUAGGGGUGCAAUUUAGGGUUGUAUGAUAAAGGGUUAUUUACUCAGUGUGUGUGGAUAUUUGUGAAGUGGUUGAAUUUUCAAUGUGGCACACUUGGUACUUCAUUCUUUCUUAGACUGGCAUUAGCAUUAGAAAAGUGAUCACCUGUUUUUCUCGACACCAUGUCAUGUCAUUAGAUUGAUUUUUUUGACACCAUGGUGCUGUUCCAAAAGGACCAGCUAUUAUGUAAUUUGGUUUGUUCUUAUUUCUCAGAUGAAGGACCUCUAAUACUCUUUAAAAUGUUUACAAAACAAUUGCAAAAAUUAAGAUGAUUGGAGAUAUCCAAACGAGGCCAAGUUUAAUCAUACUGUGCCAUUACGUUCUUUUUUUUGUUCUUCCUUCAUUUUUGAAAUCAAAUUAGUAAGUUCACACAAAAGGGGAGCUUUUCAAGUCAAAAGGUUCUCCGCAUAAAGGUUAACACAGUCAAUUAAACUUCUGUCCCUGCCAGGGUGCAUGAGCAAGAAGCUAAGUUUCAAAGCAGCAGGAGAUUUUUUAUUAUAAUAACUGAUAGAAUUGUGCAUUGAGCUCAGUUCUCUAGACCUGGUUAGGAGCAGACAAUGAAUAAGUUUCUGUCCUAGUCAAAUUCUCAGGGAUUUAUGGCAGAGGUUCCACUUCUCUGGGAAGUCCCGAUUGCCACCUUCUUAGUGUUCAUAGUACCACAUUUGCACACUUAACCCUUUUGUAGCUCCUUUCAGCAGUGAGGAGAACUCUAUUACAUUGAGCAGAGGCUGAUCCAUUGAGAAGAAUGUUUACAACAGUCUUGAAAAUGACAAAGCUAGUUUGGAGACAGAAAAAAACAAAAAGUCCACUAUCAUCCAUCUCUAUAUGUUACGUUCGUUUCCACCCACAGUUACUUGAAAGGCCCAAAAGGCAGGAGAGAAGAUCACUGCCAGGGAACGCAAUAUUAUUCCAACAGUAUAUUGACUCAUACUUUCCUAGAGCUCAAGCUACUCUUUGAGGUUGACAGAUUCCGAGAUACAGCAAGUCAAACCCUAUAAAAUUAUCGUUUUUGUAGGUUAAUAUGAUUAAAAAAAAAAAUUUUUUUUUUUUUUUUUAGUAUGAUAGGUUAAGAUAAAUAUUGUCGUUUGCGUAUGGUUCGACCCAAUAAGUCAGUAUAUGACUGCUUUGGUGUAUGAAUACUGUGUUGCAGUCUGAAUGAAUUAGCAUGGCUUCCAAAGGGCCCUAACCUAUCAUCAAGGAGUAAGUUAUGUUUUGGAGAAUCUGGUUCAAAAAUAUACUUGACUAAGGAAUCGACUGUACAGCAGCAGGCCUUGGUUUGAUUUUUGGAAACAGCUAUGGUCCUUGGGCAUGAGAAAAGUACAUAAUGGAUGUGGAUUUGAUAAGUAAUAUUUUCCUGUUAACAAACUGGCAGCAAAGCUUAAGAAAAUACAUAUGUAUAUGCAAGCACAACUUGAAGCUGAAUUCAUUUCUGUGUUAUAUUCUCAACUCAUUAUCUAAAGCAACAGAAAAUGUGUUUUCAGAGAUGAGCCUUUUACUAUGAAGUUAAUAUUUAUUUUUCCUUUCUGUGUUACGUAUAAAAAGUAAGUUUAUCUGAAACCUUACUCAGCUUGUUGGAAAGCUGGGUUUAAAUUGUAAAUAUCCCCUAGAGGAGCAAAUGGACAGUGAAUACCAUAUUCUUGGCACUCUAGCUUAUGUUAAGAUUUUUUGAAUGGACAAACCUAGUUGUCUGGUUAUUACAUACCAUAGAAUUGUUUUUCUAAUACUUCCGUAGAGCCUAACUUUGGAAAAAUAUUUCACUUUUCUUCCUAUUUUCCUCUCCUUUGUUUACCAGCGAACACCUUCCCUUGGGAAGCCAUAUGCACUUAUUCCUACAAAAGUGAAAAAACAGAUGUACAGCUGAGAAAACUAGAAGACCAAAAAGCAAUCUGAAUUCUAAAGAGCUAGCAACAUCUCAUAAAGUACUCUUUUUCCCCCAAAGGAAACAGAACAAGUAGUGUAUUCAAGCUAUGUACUAUAGGAGGGAAUCACGACCAUUUUCUGUUAAGUGAAAAUAAAAUGCUGCAUAGAUUUUUAGAGUUUAUUUCUAAUGCAAGACAACAGGAAUGAUGAGUUGUAACUGUACCCACUUAUGACCAUACCUCUUUUUCGUCAGAAAGCUUUCUAGGAUGUCAGGAGAUGGUACAGGGGUGGCUCUCAUUCCAUGCCCAAAGGUUCAGUGACAAUGGCGGGUCCUACUAGACCAUGCACAGUAGGGAAGCUGCAUUCACAUAAAAGCUAUAUUUGGGAUGCUUGUCCAUUUUACAAUAAAAUUCCAUUAAGUACAUAAGCCCUCACCCAGCUUAUAUAUAAUAGGAUUUAUGUUGGAAGAAAUUGAUUUUCAAACAAUUUCUUAGAUACAUCUCUUGCCUACAGGGUUAUAGACAUCUAAUAAGGUUAUACUAUGUCCUCUACUGGAGUUAGCAAAAAUUGAAUCAAGGCAACACAUCUAAAAGAAAACAAGAAAUGUUAUGUUUUCAAGUGCAAAUACAGGUAAUCUGGGAGUUAGUGAACACCAAGUUUUCUCAUGAAGUAGCAUUUCCCUACCAUUAAGCCAUUGCUGGAAACCCUGGUGGUGUAGUGGUUAAGUGCUACAGCUGCUAACCAAGAGGCUGGCAGUUCAAAUCCGCCAGGCGCUCCUUGGAAAUGCUAUGGGGCAGUUUUACUCUGUCCUAUAGGGUCGCUAUGAGUUGAAAUCAACUCAAUGACAGUGGGUUUUUUUUUUUUUUUUUUAAGUCAUUGCUUUGUGCCAUUUAGGGGAGAAAAAAAACGAGAAUACAGGCUAUAUGUUACAGUUCAAUGUAUGACCAAAAACAGUUACAUUUAUGAGAAAAUGUUUGACAUGCAAAUGUUUAUAUCAUUUAAAGCAUACUGUAGAGACUUGUGUAAUAAAUGUUAAUUUUUAGAAGGAUUUAAAAUGAUUUUUACACUUUUUAACCAAAUGUACAGUAAUUUUAUAUAAUUUAUUAUGAGGGCCUUCAUAUGGCAACGAUUAAGAAGACAGACUGGAGGCAAAUAUCACAAUCUGUAUUAUCAGUUUCUUAUAGAUACUGUGCUAACGUGACUUUAAAAUGACCUGAACGAAGUCUUCUGAUUUCAGAUAUCUCAGCUCGGUUACUUGAUUUGAUUAUAAAGAAGUAAAUAACUGAGACUAUAAAGCAAAUAUUCAUAAUAAUGAAAAGAUAGGACAGAAAAUCCUUAAGCAAGACCCUUCUGAAAUAAAAUGUUGCUUUUUUAAUAGUUUGUCUGAAGGUGUUUAAGAAUAUUAAUUAACUUUACGUAAGGCAAAUUCUCCUGCUCCAAAUAAAGUUACAGUUUAAGAAAAAUUUG